AUGAAUCGGAUAAUUAGUGAUAACCAGAGUGCAUUCAUAAAGGGGCGGUUGAUUAGUGACAAUGUCCUAAUAGCACAUGAGUACAUGCAUUUUUUGAAGAAUAAAAAAUUUGGUGAUUGGGAUCUAGCUUUGAAACUCGACAUGAGCAAAGCAUAUGACAAGGUGGAAUGGUGCUUCCUAUGGAAGGUUAUGAGUCAAUUGGGAUUUUGUGAUCAGUGGAUAGGAUGGAUGAAGGAGUGUGUAACUACUGUUUCUUAUUCUGUUACUGUGGAUGGUCAACCUAAAGAUGACUCUAUAAUUUUCAGCAAAGCAAAUUCUCAGGCAUGCCAAAAUAUAAUGCAGGUGUUGAAUGACUACAAUAGUAUAAGUGGACAAGAGGGAUGGAGAUUGAUGACCAGACCUAAUUCCCUAGUGACUAAAGUAUUCAGAAGCAGGUAUUUUAGACAUUCUUCAUUUCUAAAAGCUGACAUUGGAUACAAUCCGUCAUGGGCUUGGAGGAGUCUAUUAGAAGGGCGAAAGGUUCUGGAAAAGGGGAUUUUCUGGCAGAUUGGGAGGAGAUCAGCAGUGAAGAUUUGGGAAGAUUGCUGGGUUGGAAGACAAGGACCAUUGACACUGAGACAGAAUCAGGAGCCUAAUCCAAGCUUAAUUUGGGUCUCUCAACUCAUCACUGAGGAAGGUAAUUGGAAUGAGCAUCUUAUAGCCAACAACUUCACAUCAGAAAUUACACAGGAAAUACUUCAAAUAAAUAUUAAAGAAGAAGAUAACUUGAUUUGGUACAGAGAAAAAGGGGGUUCUUACUCUGUUAGGUCAGGAUAUGAGGUAUGCUUCAAUUUUUUUCACCCGCCACUCGAAAGUCUUCCACCAAUUUUCGCAGACAAAAAUCUAUGGAAUUCGAUUUGGGAUCUUGACUGUCCAGCCAAAGUUAAGGUCUUUACCUGGAAAGCUCUCCAUAAUGGUUUUCCGGUGAGGCACCAACUGCACGCCCGCAUUCAAGCUGUCCCUGCGAUAUGCCCAAGAUGCGAAAUGGAGGACGAGACUUUGACCCACUGUUUGCUUAAUUGCAUUUACUCGCGACAAGUGUGGAAUCACAUGGGGUUCUUGUUCAACAGUCCAAAUAGAGUGGAUGCAGAGGAUAGUUUUGUCAAUUGGUGGAGGGAGAUGCAGGUAAAGAUAAAACAAGAGAGUUUUAAUAAGAAGCAACGAAGUCUUCUUGCGAUGGUGCUAUGGAGGAUUUGGAUAUCUAGAAACAAUUGGCUUUUUGAUGGCAAAAGGAGUGAACCGGCUGGUAUUUGGGAAGAGGCACACAACAUGAACGAAGAAUUUCACCUUAAGACAAGUCAUUGUUAG